UGAUCACCCGGAAAGUUCAAUAGAUAUAGCUAGAACGAGAGAGAAGCCGAAUAAGAAGCCGAAAUAAGCAAAUGCGAAGGAGAAUCAGUACUGUCUAGGUAACAGAGAGACUGUCCUGCAUGCACGAGUCCUCUAAUAACGUUACUGCGCUGGACCUUGGACCAUUAAUCGCCCGUGAAGCUCAAUGAGCAACAGCGCUGCAAGCCCCAUGGUAGCCAGCAGCACCUCUGUGGUUGGAAAAGGGUCUGCAAAGACAACAAGCUUCAUCCCAGAGCUCCAGAGCAUGAUGUAUGCUCUAGGUGAUUCUCGGAGACCUCUGCAUGAGACUGCUGCCCUGGUGGAGGACAUAGUGCAUACCCAGCUCAUCAAUUUGCUCCACCAAGCAGCUGAGGUAGCUGUUCUCCGAGGAGCCAGGGUAAUCUCACCAGAGGAUAUCAUCUUCCUUAUGAGGAAAGACAAGAAGAAACUGCGAAGACUUCUGAAGUACAUUCAGUUUCGAGACCACAAAUCCAAACUUCUGAAAACACUGGACGAUGAUGACCCACUCGACACAGACAAAUACCCCAGCAGCAGUGUGAACAAAAGGCAGAGGUUGGUGCAGGACUUUCUGGGAUCCAUCGACCAGACAGGGGAAUUCUUGACACUGUUGGGGGUGGACGAGGUGGACGAAGUCAAGCAGGAAAGGAUGGAGAGACUUGAAAAGCACACCAGAAAUAUGGACCCAGCACAGUAUAGUGAUUUCUGUGAGAGUCGACAGCUCAGCUUUUCUAAAAAAGCCUCCAAAUUUCGAGAGUGGCUAGAUUGCAGCAGUAUUGAUGUGAAGCCUAAUGCGUUCUCCAUGGAGAUCCUGUCAUACUUGGCUUAUGAGACAGUAGCCCAGAUUGUUGACCUUGCCCUCCUGGUUAAGCAGGACAUGACCCCCAAAGCAGGCGACCCAUUUGGCCAUGUCAUAUCAGCCACUUUCUUCCAGUACCACAGCUCAAAUGCUGAGGCUGUAGCUACUAAAAGGGAGGCGGAGUCUCCGGAGAACACACCUCCAUCCACACCCAGUGGCCCUGUGGGGUCAGGCCACCAGGGCAAGCUACACUCUAUCGCCCAGGGCAACGGUGGGCUCCAGCAAGAUGCCAGCAGCAAAACCAAACAACGCAAGAGGAAGAAGAGUGCAGCAGCCUGUAGCACGGAGCCUCAGAGUAGUGCCAUCCAGCCCGCCCACAUCAGAGAGGCCAUCAGGCGCUACAGCCGCAGAAUUGGCCCACUCUCCCCCUUCUCAAGUGCCUACCGCAGGAGCAGCAUACCUUUCCUCGCCUGCUGACGGCGACGGAGGCAUGUAGCAGAGGAGAGCAGGAGCAGCCCCGCUCAGCUCACCCAGGCCCAGAGCAGCCCUGCAGCAGCCUGCUGCGCUGAUUGCACCCAUUGCUGCUCACCUCGUUCACCUGCCACGCUGCACAGGCUACAGGACAUUCAGUGGGUGUCUGGGUCGGUUGGGCUGGAGCUAUUUUACAGAAUGUCAAAAAUAACAAAAAUAAAGAUGAUAUCUGUCAUUUUGA